UACGAUUGAUGUUCUAAAGCGGACGCUCCAGCCAUGGCAUCAUGUGGCGCGUCUCCUAUCUACCAGCGGCGGCUGCCCUGUGUGAGAACUUCGAGCCAUACUUUCCUUGGUCAGGCGAUGGGACGCGCAAGAUUGUUGGGAGAUCAUUGGGCGUUCAGAGAGUGGCGGUAGAAUUGUUACUGUUGGUCUUCUUUUGCAGAAAGAAAGGUUCCUGGUGCCAAAAAAGGCGAUCGAGCCUUUGAGCUGGUUGCUUGCGAUCCUUUGAGCCUUCUCCGUCCGUCUUGACAUCGCCUGCCUUCGUGCGUGUCGUUCUGCGGCUCAAGGGGACCAUCCUGUGCUCGUCGUUUGUGAAGGACCAUCCUCCCGCAGCGGUUUGGUCUCCAUGUCUCGUGGCCUCACGAGUGUGGCCUUAGGCCUGGUCUGUGGAGUUUCCUUCCUGGUGUCGCCUUUGAUGAUCUUCCGGGCGGAGUGGGUGGUGAGGACCACUGGCGCCCUGGCCCCCAACGAGAAGUUCCACCCCAUCGCCAAGCGCUUUUUGGUCGCCUUUGAGAUGACGGCGCUCUGCCUGGCCACCCUGGGCGCGCGUGCCUGCGCCUUCGGCACGGCUUCGGAACGUGUCUUUUGGACGAAGAUGAUUGCGGUGCCAUGCGCCUCCCUUUGCACCAGCUUGAGUGUCUUUGGAUAUGAGAAAGGCCAUCAAUUCUAUGGCAAGAAUGCAGGUGCCAAGGCCUUUGGAGUGAUGACAGCUUUGCUUCUUCUGGGAGGUGUGGUGUAUCCAGAACGUGACAUGUGAACCACUUGCUCACUUCUUGGUGAGCCCGUGAAACAAAAAGGCGCCUGGCUGCCGCCUUGCUGCAUGGCUGGUGGUGUCGCGACCUGCCACAAGAGUAGUUGUAUCAAGCAAUCUUCGAGCUCCACAACUGGCUGGCUACAGUCUAAAUCACAUAGGUCAUAGAUAGAUAUGAUAUGUCCUUGGGAGCUUGCUUCCCCAGCUUGCCACGCCUGGUGUUUGGAUUUCGACCGCUUGUGUUUGUGCUUCGCGCCAGGUGCUCAGACCCGAGCCUGGCACCAUGGAGAGGAGGAUCCAGCGGUGGUUGACUACAUCCAGAGUCAUUUCGAGGUGGUUGAAGAACAGGCCUUCGGCUGCUGGCGCUUGGGUGGUCGUUAUUGGGAGACGGAGCUGGAGGGCGAGGCCAUGGGAUGGAUGCAGAGUUAGCGCGUGGUCUUUGUGCCGUUCAUUGAAAUAGACCAUCACAUUUGGCGUGACCUGAAAAAAACCGAUGAUCUUGUUUCCAUCACAUCUUCAGGCCUAUGCCAGGUCCUUGAGAAUGGGCACCGAGUCGCAGGAGGAGACGUGCGAAGGUUGCUUGGAGGCGCAUCUGGAGGCCAUCCGCAGUCACUUGCGGCUGCUGCCGAAGCAUCUCGUUGGCGGCCUUUGUGCACCUCCUGGCUGUGAGCUGAAGGAGGUGCGACGCCGAGCCUUUCCCGCCUUCCUGGCGCACGCGCUGCGCUUCGACUUCCAGGUGCCGGUGCCGAAGCCGGAGGAGCUGCAGAUCAACGAGCUCUCGCAUUGGUCGCAGCUGAAGUUGGACUUCGUCAUCGCUGGCUUGGACAGUUGUGGCACCAAUACCCUGUUCAGAGGAUUGAAGCAGGUGGAAGAGGUCCAGUUCACCAUGGACGACGAGGACGAUUUCUUCUACAAACAUGACUCUCUUUUGCCCUACAAGGCGGAGGUUGAGGACUUCAACUUCCGUUGGUUGCGGGGUGGCAAAGCUCGGCUUCGGGGCUUACGGCAUCCGGGGCUCUACUACAGCCAUCGGGUGCGCCUGGCGAUGAGACAAAUCCCUGGGCUUAAGCUUGUCCUGGCCCUGUGCGAUCCACUGGGCAGGUUCGAGAAGCGGUUCUGGCUCUACCACCUUUGUGAGGUGAAUGCCCACCACCCGGACCCGGUGAUCCGCAUCUCCGGCUUUGGGGGUCGCUGCUUCACCAGCACCAAAGCUGCGCUGGAGGAGCCGUGGCUCUUGCGUCCGAUUGCCUUUGCCGCUCACCUGGCUCAGCUCGAGCGGCUCUUUGGGCCGGAGGAGAUGCGCGCCGUGCAUCAGGCUCAUUUUCGGGAGAGGUUCAAAGAGGUCUUUGAGCACUUGGCCCACUUUCUGGGUGUGAGGCCUACGGACUUUCAAGCACAUCGCUUAAAUCAUCAUGGGGGGCAUCGCACCGACCUGUGCCGGAACGCCUCGCUGGUGGUGGACCUUCAACGCAUGAUGAGCGCCGAGUACCAAACGGUGGAGGAUCUGCUGCAGAGCCACGGGGGCGGUUUCACUGCGCCCCAGGAGCUUCUGCGGCGGCGCACGCGCUGCGAUCGGCCCGAGGAGCUGGCUGAGGAGCCAAUGAUGGUUGUGCCAAAGGGCAGAUUGGUGGCGGUGUAGCAAAACGGAGAGCUUGGAGAUUGGAGCCGUCGACGUGAUGGUGGUCAUAUUAUAUGGUGGUAUCUCCGACAUUGGGGUAUCACUUGCAAGAGGAUGCCAAUACCCACCCGGGUGCCAAGGAUAAUUCUCCUUGACUAUCAAUGAAAAUAGAC